AUGAAGGACUCUCCACGGAAGCAGAAGGCUUCUUCCUCCACCUGGCAAGCAUAUAGUUUUGAGGGCAAUUCCAACAAUAUACUCAAGUCAUUGCGAUCGGUUUACCUGCCGCCGCCGCCUUCCUCAGACGGCUAUACAAGCGCAAAGCUCAAGUCUGGCGCUACAUCUAGCCAUCGAUACCCGUUGGCUGAUACGACUAAUAUUUUACGCACCCCUCAGUCGCUGCCUCGUCCGAACGACAGCUCGGCUGCGUCUACAUUCUCCAAGCGCCCAGCUUCCACAGACGACGUCAGUGAGUUGCGCCCGCACCAUCCUCAGUUUGUGCCUUAUGCGUCUGGCCACCAGAACCACAUGCUAUCUCCAGGCGACUCUCCGCUAGCUGGCCCAGAGAUCCUGGGGUCUUUGCCCGUCGACUACACUCCCACGCGGUUCGAUCGGCCGCUCAGUGCCCCGCCAGCCUCGGGGGUACACAACAUGCCACAUUUGAGUCUCAUGGAGCCACCGACUCUCCCUUCUAGCAUGGCCCCACCGUCUUUAGGUGAGUUCGGCGGCCACUCCAGACAGUCGUCCCAAGCCAGCUCAGGGCCAUCUGAGAUCAAGGGAGCGGCAGCAGAGGCUUCGUUCGGCGAAGAACUACCUUUGAUUGAAGAUGACGGCUCAAAGCCCCCGUACUCGUAUGCCAUGCUUAUUGGAAUGUCAAUUCUGAGAUCACCCAACCAGCGGCUCACUCUUUCACAGAUCUACGAUUGGAUUAAAACUACCUUCUCCUGGUACAAGAACUCAAAGCCCGGUUGGCAGAAUUCCAUCCGUCACAACCUCAGUCUCAACAAGGCCUUUGUCAAACAGGAACGACCCAAGACCGAUCCCGGCAAGGGGAACUACUGGGUUGUUGCACCAAACUGUGAGCAGCAAUUCAUGCGUCCUCGCCUCCAGAAGCGCUCCAACCAGCUGCCCAAAACAGAGCUUCAACUUUCGUCGACUCCGUCGUUGGCUUCGGCAGGUGCCAAACCAGUGCUGGACAACCUCCCGCCGGGGGUUUUCAAGCCCUCAGAGUUGAUGGCUAGAAGCUCACAGAGUAAGGUCAGUGCAUCCUUGAGUGAAGCAAGCGACGACGACUCUGCAAGCACCGAUGAGGAGGGCUCGGACUAUUCUGACCCUGUUGCCGAGCCCUCGUCGCUCAAGCGCCCUCGGUCAGCUGGUCCCGAGCUUGGAUCGGCCAAAAAGCAGAUGAAAAUGUCCGAUGUUCCUAUACUAGCUGCACCUCCCACACUCUGGAUGCCUCACACCGACGAGUCUGCUUCCAAUAUCUCGUGGGAAGCUCGAGAGCACGCCAGGUUCCAGCUGACCCCUCCUCGACGAUUCGAGUCUUCGUCUGGUACAGGUAAUCGACUGAUGUCGGAAUCAAUCCCCAGUCUCCGGGUCCUCGAACCAUCCCCCGCAUCCAAAUAUGGAUCGCCGAACACUUCAUUGCGAAACCACCGGGCAUACAUUCAAAGUCUCACCACGCCUUCAUUCGAGAUGCAGACCAUGAUGGCAUCGCCUGCUCGACGGGUGACCGAAGACGAUGACGAUGCAUUCCAGCGAGUAUGGCUCCACUCCCCUGAUAAAGCGGAUGCUCGUCGUCGUCUGUUCGAAGGACAAUCCGGAUUAGACGACAACGUCCCUGAUGUAUUUGGCGUUGACGUUUGCGCAGUCAUGCGAAGAGCGGCGUCAAUUCCCAGUGCCAACUCCACUUUCAAUACCAUGACACCGGUUCGCCGUGCGUUCGACACGCCAAUCCGCGAUCAGACCCAUGUGUUCAGCCCAUUCAAGCUCUCCCCGAGCUUCGGCUCCCCUCGGCGAUCUUGA